AAGCACACCUCCAUACCAAAACUAUAGUAACGACUCAUCCACAUUACAUAUAACAAACAUGCAAGCCGCCGCCGCCGGCAACAGGCCUCACGCCGCCCUACUAGCGAGCCCCGGCAUGGGCCACCUCAUCCCCGUCCUCGAGCUCGGCAAGCGCCUCGUCACCCACCACGACAUCGCCGUCACCAUCUUCGUCGUCGCCACCGACGCCGCCACCACCAAGUCCCUCCUCAAAUCCUGCCCCACGACCAACUUCUCCAUCGUCCCGCUCCCGGCCGUCGACGUCUCCCACCACGUCGACCCUUCCGACCACAUCGUCACCAAGCUCCUCGUCAUGAUGCGCCACUCCAUCCCCAACCUCCGCUCCGCCAUCUCCGCGUUGGCGGACCCGCCCACCGCCCUCAUCGUCGACAUCUUCGGCACGUCGACGUUCCCCGUCGCCGACGAGCUCGGCAUGCUCAAGUACGCGUUCGACACCACCACCGCCUGGUUCCUCGCCACCACCGUCUACGGCUCCUCCGCCGAGGACGAGGUGGCAAGGCACGUCAACUCGAGGACCCCGCUCGUGGUCCCGGGUUGCAAACCGGUCCGGUUCGAGGACACGCUCGACGCCUACCAGGCGAUGGGGGACCGGGUUUUCGACGAGUUCCAGCGCGUCGGGGUCGAGCUCGCGACGGCCGACGGGAUCCUGGUCAACACGUGGGAAGAGAUGGAGGGGGAAACCCUGGAGGCUCUCAGGAACCGGAAGGCCCUGAAAGACGUGGUUAGGGCCCCGGUCUACCCGGUCGGACCGUUGGUCCGACCAUCGCCACCUCUGGAGACCAACGAGCCGAACGACGUCGUGGAGUGGCUGGACGGGCAGCCCGACCGGUCGGUCAUCUACGUGUCGUUCGGGAGCGGCGGGACCCUCCCGCGUGCCCAGCUGGCCGAACUGGCCUGGGGGCUCGAGCUGAGCGGGCAGCGGUUUGUGUGGGUGGUCCGCCCUCCUCCAGUAGAGGACGGAGACGUUUCAGCCGCUUUCUUUUCUCUGGAAGAAGAAAGCGGUUCUGAAGGACCCCAACGGUACCUUCCGGAGGGAUUUUUGUCCCGGACCCACGACAGGGGGCUGGUGGUCCCCAUGUGGGCCUCGCAAGCGGAGAUCCUGGCCCACCCCGCGGUGGGCGGGUUCCUGUCGCACUGCGGGUGGAACUCGACGCUGGAGAGCCUGACGAACGGGGUGCCGAUGGUGGUGUGGCCGCUGUACGCGGAGCAGAAGCUGAACGCCGCCCUGCUGGCGGAGGAGCUCCAGGUGGCGGUGCGGCCGGGGUAUAACAACGGCGGCGUGGUGAAGAGGGAGGAAAUUGAGGAGAUGGUGAGGAGAGUGAUGGUGGCGGAGGAGGAAGAAGGGAAGGCGAUGAGGGAGAGGGUGAUGGAGCUGAAGGAAAGCGGGGAGAGGGCGUUGAGCCGGAAGUUGAAGGGUUCGUCGUACAGCGCGCUGGCGCAGGUGGCGAGGGAGCUGGAGUUGAACCACCAGCGGGUGGUGGCUAAAGCUCGUGGCUAGCUCCGGGGCCCAGGGAAUUAGCGACCCACGUAUGACGUGCAAGAAUGUGGGAGGCGGCCUUGUAUUUUGUUGAAGUGAUGGGGAAAAAUAAUGUGUGUUUCAAAUGGUCUACAAUGGAUCGAUGUUUAUUAUGUGAGAAUUUGUAGUAUAAAAUAUAAGUAGAUCUGUAUUACGUGGGGAGGAUGAUUCUCUCUUGCUUAUUUUCGUUUUGUUUAUAAGGAAGUGUCAUAGUAUAUGGUGAUUACUAUGUGUUUUUUUAUGCUACUCUCGUUCUCCAUUCCUCUUCGGUGAACCCAAGAAAGGAAAGCUGCAUGAGCAAAGAGUUUUUCUAAACAUUCCAUAUCAACAUUUCCAAAUUAACAAACUCAUAUCCGCCCUAUACUCUUUUCGGUAAGGAGAAAGGGGAGGGGAUUUGCAACUCAUUCUCUUACUCGCGGUUUCGGGUACCCAUGGGUAAUAUACCCGUCUAGUACAUCUAAUGUUAUUAUACGUAUAAUUCAACAUGUAGACCAUAAGUUAUAACAUUAAGUCAUGAAAUCAACAAAACUACGAUCAUUCUUAAUAUGAGUUCAAUGCACCCAAUUCCAAAACAUCCAUUAAUCCAUAAAAAGUACAAUACUGUCAGAAUAAUCUCCGACUUCGACACAUCUCCUAAGCAAUAAAUAACUAAGAUAAUC